CCGGCAUCCAGAGGGCCCGCUUUACUCCUCCUCUUCCUCCUCCUCCUCCCGCCGCUCUGCGACGAGAGGCGUUGCCCCGGAUCUUGGUUUUGGGAAGAAGGAUCUUUGUGGGGAAGGAGGCCGGCGAAUUUGUGCUGGAGGGAAGGACGAGGGACCCGGAGAAAGGUCUCCUCAAAGACAGAAAAAUGGAAGAAUCAGUAAACCAAAUGCAACCACUGAAUGAGAAGCAGAUUGCCAAUUCUGAAGAUGGCUGUGUGUGGCAAGUCACUGAUAUGAAUCGACUCCAUCGGUUCUUAUGUUUUGGUUCUGAAAGUGGAACCUACUAUAUCAAAGAACAGAAAUUGGGCCUUGAAAAUGCUGAAGCUUUAAUUAGAUUGAUUGAAGAUGGCAGAGGAUGUGAAGUAAUACAAGAAAUAAAGUCAUUUAGUCAAGAAGGUAGAACCGCAAAGCAGGAGCCUAUGCUCUUUGCACUGGCCAUUUGUUCCCAGUGUUCUGACAUAAGCACAAAACAGGCUGCAUUUAAAGCUGUCUCUGAAGUUUGCCGCAUUCCUACACAUCUGUUUACUUUCAUCCAGUUUAAGAAAGAUCUGAAGGAAAGCAUGAAGUGUGGCAUGUGGGGUCGAGCCCUCCGAAAGGCGAUAGCAGACUGGUACAAUGAAAAAGGUGGGAUGGCCCUUGCUCUGGCAGUUACAAAAUACAAACAGAGAAAUGGCUGGUCUCACAAAGAUUUAUUAAGAUUGUCACAUCUAAAACCUUCCAGUGAAGGACUUGCUAUUGUGACCAAAUAUAUUACAAAGGGCUGGAAAGAGGUCCAUGAAUUAUAUAAAGAAAAAGCACUUUCUGUGGAGGCUGAAAAAUUAUUAAAAUAUUUGGAAGCUGUAGAGAAAGUGAAGCGCACAAAAGAUGACCUGGAAGUCAUUCAUCUAAUAGAAGAACAUAGAUUAGUUAGGGAACAUCUUCUAACAAAUCACUUAAAGUCUAAAGAGGUGUGGAAGGCUUUGUUACAAGAAAUGCCUCUUACUGCAUUAUUAAGGAAUCUAGGAAAAAUGACUGCCAAUUCGGUGCUUGAACCAGGAAAUUCCGAAGUAUCACUAGUAUGUGAAAAGUUAUGUAAUGAAAAACUGUUGAAAAAGGCUCGUAUACAUCCAUUUCAUGUUUUAAUUGCAUUAGAAACUUAUAAAUCAGGUCAUGGGCUCAGAGGAAAACUGAAGUGGCACCCUGAUGAAGAAAUCGUCAAAGCGUUGGAUGCUGCUUUUUACAAAACUUUUAAGACUAUUGAGCCAACUGGAAAACGUUUCUUGCUGGCUGUUGAUGUUAGUGCUUCUAUGAGCCAAAGAGUUUUGGGUAGUGUGCUCAGUGCCAGUACAGUUGCUGCAGCAAUGUGCAUGAUUGUCACACGAACAGAAAAAGAUUCAUACAUAGUUGCUUUUUCAGAUGAAAUGGUACCAUGUCCAGUGACUAUAGAUAUGACCUUACAACAGGUUUUAAUGUCUAUGAAUCAGAUCCCAGCAGGGGGCACUGACUGUGCGCUUCCAAUGAUAUGGGCUGAGAAGACUCACACAGCUGCUGACGUCUUCAUUGUGUUCACUGAUAAUGAGACCUUUGCUGGCCGCAUCCACCCUGCCGUGGCUCUGAGGGAGUAUCGAAGGAAAAUGGCUAUUCCAUCUAAGUUGAUUGUUUGUGGAAUGACCUCCAAUGGUUUUACCAUUGCAGAUCCAGAUGAUAGGGGCAUGCUGGAUAUGUGUGGCUUUGAUACCGGAGCUCUGGAUGUAAUUCGAAAUUUCACAUUGGAUGUGAUUUAACUAAGCACCACCAUGAUCUAAGAGGUCAGGUCCACUGACAUCAGUGAUCUUGUUAGAAAUACACAGCUACUUCCCAGCUAAUCUUAAUCCAAUGAAAGAAGAUAAGAUGGUGGUAUGUUCAUAACAAAAAAAUUUACUUUACCAAAAAAAGAAAGAAAAAUGAGAUGAACCCAAAGUUUUUCUAUCUACAACGCCAGUUCUUGGGAAAUAGCAUCAAAUACACUGUAUGUAGCUUUCUCUAUUGAAUAGAGAACUUGUUGAUAGAUAAUGAAAAAAUUGUCAGUUUUGCUUUGAUGAAUAAUCACUUGUACUUAAAAGAAGAGCUAAAAGUGUAAGUAGCUCCAUAUCAUGUCACUUGCUUUAAGAAGCGCUUAAUGUUUUCUUAAAUGUUUUCAUUGGGAAAGGACAGCUUUGAUAAUGUCCAAAUAUUCUGAAAUGCACUGGACCAUGUAACUGUGAUGGAAUAUGAAAUUUAUCUGUAAAGUUUUUUACCAAGGGGGUUAGAAAAAAAGACAUUAACUUAUAAAUGAGUUUAAAAGAUUUCUUUUAAAAAGUUUUUGAAGACUGCAGAAGUAGCUUUCUGAGUUUCUUAGAAACAGUUUUGUUUCAGAUAUUUCACUUAAACUUGUAGAAUUAUUACUACUAACCAGAAACAUGGUUACCGCUGAGAAAGGGCUAAGGUGUGUGGCUUCUGAGGAAGUCUAUUUGGUUGGCUUUUUUGUUUGUUUUGGUGUAUUUUAUUGCAGCGUUUGAAGGGCAUGACAGUUUUCUCUGAACUAUAACAGUUUAGCCACGUGCAGUCACAAAUUUUUUUCAUAUUCUUCAAAUGAAAAUAACAGUCUUCAAGCACUUAAAGCCCCCACUCAUAUGCUAAAAACAUGACAAAAUUGCAACUAUAGCCAAAUGACCUUUUUUAUUACAUUAAAAUAAUUGUUCUAAUUUUAACUUUUUUAGCCAGUCAUCAAUGAAUUUUAGAUAUUUUCUACUUGUAAACAUGGCCUCUUAUCUCUUUGUCCAUUAUUCAUUUUGUGACAAAACAUUCCUUUUUUUGAUAGUGUAGAAAAUAAUAAAACAAACUCUGCCUUUCAUAUUUGAAAGGCAACUUUUGAGUAGCACAUUACCAUUAACCAUAUGUAAGAAAUUAAUUGUUCUGUUUGUGUAUAUUAAACUUCCUUUUCAUUUUUCUAAGGUACAUUAUUUUUUUUAUGUAUCCCAUCUUUGUGGGGAGUUUAACCUAUUGAAAUGACUGUCUUUGCUCAUGAUAACAUUACGGUUGUCUAAGAUAACACUAAAUUGCAAUUUUUAUUACUAUUUAAAUAUUAAGGAUUUACUGGGGAUUUAUAAAGCCCUUCUUACAGUUACAAGGAAAGUGAAAUUAAUAAAUUACAGCCUUUUACAUGUUUGGGGGUUAGAGGUUUUCAAUUUGGGAAACAAGGGAAUCUUUAGUAUUGUUAGAAUUUAGUAGGUAUUUUCUAAUCUUUUUAUGGGCAUUUUGGGCUCUAGGAGUGAUAAGAAAUGUUCCUUAAGCUUAUUUGACAUAUUAAAGCUAACUCUGAUAUGUAGCUGUUCCUGAAUGGCAAUUAUUAGCAGUUUGUAAAUAUGAUUUUCCUAAGAAAUUUUUAGUCAGAAAAGCUACUAGCAUACCCCACCUCAAAAAAAAAAAACAAAAAAACACUUCACUUCUGAUGCCAUUCUUUAACAGUGACAAGCAUUGGAUUUAACAUAUUAGCUACUUUUGAUACAUGAAAAUAUUAUGUGCUAAUUAAAUUUAAGCUAAAAGGACCUAGUAGAAAUACAUAAUUGCUCUUAAAUUCCUUAAGUGAACCCAAGAUCAUAUUAAAUUAAAAAUUAUAAUCUUAGUAUUCUAGUAGAAACUGUAAAUGGAAUAGAGUGUAAAAUUUUAUGUCCUUCAGUUGUGAACUGUUGUACAGAGCUUUCAGACAGAUUUACUUACCAGCUAAUAUUAAAUUUAUCAAAGAAAUAAGAUUAGAUGUGACCUUUAAGUAAGUGCAAUUAAGUGAACUAAUAUAAGAUUUAACAGAGGAAAAUAAGAUCUACCACAGACGGUAAUUUUAUUUUUUAAAUCAUGGAAUUUUAGAACUGGAAAACAGCUCAGAAAACUUAAAGCUAAUUUUUAAUUUUGUAACGAACCUGAGGUCCUUUAGACUGUGGCUUUAACCACUAGACCUAGAAAUCUUUAUUUCUUCCAAUAUUCAUCUCCAUUAUUCAUUUCCCCAUUAAAUGGAAAAACAUAAACUCAUAAGAAUAGGGAAUAAAAGAAAGUUAUUCAAGACUUUUUAUCUUUUUAAAAUAGUAGGAAAUAAUGUAUAUACAUGAUUGCUUUAGAAGUAGAACAACAAAUUGUGAACAUUGUAUGAUUUUGUAUUUCAUAGUAAUCCUUAAGCACAAUCUUUUGAUUACCUGUAUUCCUAUGCAACGUAAUCCUAUAAAAAAAGUGAAACAAAAAUUUUACCACAUCAUUAAUAAAAUGUACUCAAACAAUAAACAAGUUUUAUGUUCUGAAUUGCUUUUGGGUUACUUCUACAUUAAUAUAUAAGGAAAUGUUGCUUUUUAAAACAAUUCUAAGAAAAAUAAACUAUUUCCUAGAAAAUAUGUAAAUAUCUUCAUGAUAUAGUUGUAAUUAGUGAAACAAAAACUAAUAUCUCACCCUAGUUGAAUUUUCUUGGAAAUUCUAUUAACAUUGCUUACAUUAUUAACUGUUAAUAUGGGAGAAUAUUAGCUUUGAAGAAGACUAGUGAAUGGAAUUUAGUGUUAAUCCUCUGGAACCUCUUGUUUUAUGUAACUUCAUAUAGCUAUAGACAUCCAUUAAGUAUAUGUGAUUCAGUUUUGCUGCCAUUAAAAACAUCUGAUGAUUUGAUCAAAGAAUAAUCAGUGAUUUACUAUCAAUGUAAAAGUCUAAAGUGGGAGGAAGACUUGCAAUACAAAUUAAACUUUUUAAAUGAAUAAUAUUCUAUUAGGAUAUAUAUUUUAAAAGACACAAUGUUUUAGGACAAAUAACUCAGUAGGCUUGUUUUUUAAAACCACUUUUUUGAGUGGAAAAAUUUUCACAGUGAAAGUGAAUAUUAACUAAGAAAUCUCUAUAUCCCAAGUCUUAGCUCCCCUUGGAAAACACACGCAUGCUCUAAAUGAGAUAAUAUUAACAUUUACUUACUUUUUUAAAAUAAAAGGUAAAUCUACACAAAAUAAGAUAAAAAUAACCCUUAUCAGAUAUCUUGUUUUCUGAGAUUUUGCAAAAUCUAAGUUAUUUUGGAAAUUUAAGCAGAAUAUCUGAUAAAUCUGGGCAUCUGACAAUUUAAGUGAGGAACUUUAAAAGCACAAUAGACCUUUAUUAAAAUAAUUAAAUCUUUGUGAUCUCUUGUUGAACUUGGCAGUAUUUUACCUAAAGAUAUUUUACCAACAAGUACAAAUAUCUUGGUAAGUGAUGACUUAGAAGUAGUUAACCAAAAGUGAAAAAGUUCUGGUUUUGUAUACACAAUUUUAGGGUGAUUUGUUAUACCUCCAGGGGAAAUCUCAUUUAUUAGAAGAUUACUUUUAUAUCUUAUUUUUCUUCUUAUAAUCCGUGUCUCUUAACAUUACUGCCUUCUCUUCUUCCAGUCUUAUGUUUGGCUAAUAAAUAAAGUCACUCACUUAGGUUUGGAAUGUGUGUUUUGCAGGUUGCUUUUUACCCCAUAUAGAUUUAAGAUCUCAUUUUUUCAAACUUAAAGUGGGUAGUUAAUUGAAACAAUAAUUGGGUAGAUAUAUUCUCUCCCAAAAUCAAGUUACAUUGUAUAUUAGAUGUUUGCAGAAAUUUGGGGACCUUUAAGUAUCAUUUUUCAACCUUUGCAGUUAGAGAUAUGCCUGGUAAAAGGUCAAUGCAUAUACUUUCCAAAAACAUAAUGUUUCUGUUCUUUCUUUUAAUUACAAAAGCCACUGUUCAAAAUCUUUACUCAGCUUAUAUAUAAAUGGCUUGUCACCUAAAAGACCUUGUAAAUAACAUAUUCAGUCAAUGAUUUUUUUUUAAUUGGUGAAUUUUUUACUGCUUUUUGAAAAAUUAAGAAGUUAAUCCCAUAGUAAUAUUUUCCAUGUAUAAAGGUAAUGUAGUUAGGUCUGUUUGAAUAAAAGUAUUAAAAAUUACACAUUUUCCUAGAUCCUGAAUAAUACCACCUACUGGAUACUGGUAGAAACAAAAAAAAACUAGAGCAAUUAUAUUACAAAAUUCUCUGAAAUUAAGGUGAUUUUUUUCAAUGAAAAUAAAUUUUGUAAAUAAAAAUGUGUAUAAAAGUUUUUCUAACCCUGAAGAGAUUUUUCCUCCACCCUGUAUUUAAUUCAGCAGUGCAUAUCAAUUUUAUGAAUGUGAUAUUUCAUUUUAAAAUAUUUAAAUUUCUGUACAUCUAGAAAUUAUCAGAAUCUGCUUGAAAAAAUGAAAUAAGUUAGCUACAACCUGCAGGUUAAAUGUAUAGUUGGAUUGUUAAGGUAGUAAAUGGUGAAAUCCUUGCUAUUUGUAUACCAUUGUUGUAUAUACUUAAUAGAAUAUUUUAUCACUACAACAGUGAAACUUCCAUUAAAUUACUUAUUGUGUUUGCCUUUAUUUGCAGUGUAAAUGGUUUAGAAUCCAUAUAUGGCAAAUUAAAUUUUUAAUUCUUACACAAAUAAUGAAAAAUAACCAAGAAAAAUGUUUUUGUUGCCCUGUUAUGCUGAUAAGGACUAUAUGUAAUUUGAUAUGGUGUGAUGAGACAUAACUUUUGUGAUAGAUUUGAGUUAUAUUUUCUUUAUAUGGCCAGCUUCUGACACUGCAAUUCUCCAAAGGAUGACUUGAUGAAAUAUCUUUU